UCUAUCGCAGGAAAUGGCGGUUAAUGUGAGUGUCCCUGAUACCGAGCAGACGUGCGGCCAUAGUGGGAGGAGUCUGAGGAAAUUUUGGCUGCCAUGGUAACAAGGAGACGCCGCGUUAACGCUGUGUGUGUUUCGGCCCUAUGAUGGGCCUUACACCCAGGAGCGGAGGUGUGUGAGGCGGCUCAGGGCAGCAUCAUGGCCUCUAAAACUAAGACUGGAUCAAAAGAUUCUAUUGAUGACGUUCUUGGAGAUCUUCUUGCUGAUGAUGAUCCAUCUCCACCAAGGCCACGCAAAGCAUCAUCUUUGAUGAUGGCAUCGACCAACAGAAAUCGGUCUACUGUUUUGUCCAGCACUGCCAAAAAGUCACUAAUUGAUGAUGACUUCUUCAGUCAACUUGCCAAAGAAGCAGCAGAGGAGUCUGAUGUCUCAGAAGGUGACGCACAAGCUCUGCUUGAAAACUUGAAGGACUUGGAUGAUAUGGAUGCCGAGUUGUUUGAAUCCCGAAAGCCAAGAUCGGCCCCUGCAAAGAAUUCUGGUAAAGCCACCGGCAGGGACCUAAAGAAUCAAGACCAGACAAUAGGCAAUAAAAGAGAGUACUCCUUUAAGUCUGCAGCUAAAGGGACAUCAGCACCUGAAAGUGAGAAGAAACCUCUGUCUGCACCUGUUGGCCCAGCCCGACCUUACAAGAAAUUCUCUUUUGAUGAUAUAAAUGAUUCACUUGAAGGACUCCUGUCUGAUGAAGAUAAAGGAAUAGCUAAGAAGCCAAACCCAAAGGACUCUACACCUGCUCCACAACAGCCCCAUGUGAAGAGAAGUGAGACAGCAGUCACCAGCCCAACAAGACCUUCCCCAGCAUCUCAUAGGAAAAGCGAUUUAGAUUUUGAGGAGGAUGCUGAUGACAUCAUGGUCGCUCUGGGAUUUGGAGACCAUACCGAUAGUCCUCAAAAAGAGAGGAGCUCUGCUCCACGUCCUGCACGUUCUAAGUUUGAUGAGCUCUUAGGGAGGGGGACAUCAGCCAAACUAUUGGAAAGGCCGCUAACUGGGGAAAAGAAAGAAUUCAAACUGGAUCCCAAGUACCAGAAAAUACCAGAAAAGGAGGAUACAUUAGAAGAUGAAAACUUUGGUUUUGGCUCCUACCAACCCACUAUGGCAUUCAGCCCAGAAGGUCGACAAUCUCGGCGAUCAUCAGUCAGAUUUUCUGCAGAAAGUAAUGGAACCAUGAAACCUGAUGCAAGAUCUCGCUCCUCAACCCCUGUUGGUCACAGUCCAGCAAGGGGAGAGAAGAGUGGAGCUGAUUGGUUAGGCCUCAGAGAUGAAGAUGUCCCUGAUCAGACUCCUUCAAAAGAGCCUCCACGAGUCUCCACUGUCACACCUAGCGCUGCAGGACGACCCCCAUCUGGAACUAAAGGAGACGCAAGAAUGGCCUCCCAACCAAAAACCUCACAGAUUGACACCCCAGCUGUGCAGCAGGAAGAUGAGUGGUUGACUUCUGCAUUGUCUCGGAAGAAAGCUCAAAAACAAGAACAAAAAGUUCAGAAUCAGUAUGGUGUAAAAGAGACUUCUGUAGGCAGUGGUCCAGUGGGGUCUGUGACCACUAUCCAACAGUCAGACCAAGGCAAAACUAUUCUAGAGGCCACACCAGUCUUACCAGAGGUAUCUAGAACUCCUUUACCCUGGGAGAUUCCUGUUAAAGCACUAUCCUCCAUCACUUCUACUUCCAGAGAAAAGGAAAACCCUGUUCCAGCGCCUUCAACAGUGGCUUCAGAAAUUACCCGAGACAGAGUUCAGCCAGCUACAGUUCCAUCCAAGGUCCAAGAAGACAGGAAGGAAUUUCAUGGUGAUGUCUUACCCAGCAAGUUAGUGGACCUUGAGGCUCAGGUACGAAAACUGCAGCUGGAGCGUGAACAGCAAAGCCUGUUACUGGAGACAUUGCAACAAAGGCAUAAAGAAGAUCUUGAUCUAAUAGAGAAUGCACACAGAAACCGUUUGAAGUUACUAGAGGAAUCUUUCCGUCAGAGAGAGGAACGUAUACGCCAGGAAAACCAGGAGCUGUCUACCCAAUACAUGUCCCGCUGUAAGAGUGCAGAGCAAGAAAAAGCAGAAUUGCUGGCUCAGUAUCAGAAAAAACUCACAGAAUUCCAACAAGAAAAAUAUAUGGAAAUAGAAAGGAUAAGAGAACUUCAAAGGGUAUCUGUCCAGGAAAUGUGCAAAGACCAUGAAGAACAGCUGCAGCGACUCAAACGCCUGAAAGAUCAGGAAAUAGAUGCAGUGACCAGCGCGUCUUCACACACAAGAUCAUUAAAUGGAAUCAUUGAGCAAAUGGAAUCUUUCUCUCAUAAGCUCGGUGAUCUGUCUGUGAGAGUGCAGAGCACCCAAGAAAACACAUCCCAGGAGCUAGAACUGGGGGCACGUCAGAGAGAAGGGCAGCUAAGAGCACUACAGGAACGUUUGACACGGCAGCAGAAAGACAUGGAGGACGAGAGGAAUAAUUUGCGGGUGAUAAUAACUAAUAUGGAGACUCGGCUAAGUGAGCAGAGUCGUCUUCUGGAACAGGAACGUUGGCGAGUGUCUGCAGAACAGGCAAAAGUGCAGUCACUACAGCGCUCCCUAGAGGAGGAAAAGAGAAUUAUGACCCAGCAAAUCGCUAUAGAAAGAGAGGAAUUGGAACGUGCAAAGAGUGCUCUGUUGGUGGAACAUCAGUCAGUCAUGACUCGCUGUGAAGAAGAGCGGAAGAAACUUGCUGCAGAGUGGUCUGAAUUUCACAGUCAGCAGAAACUGAGCAAGGAACGAGCAGAGAAAGAUGUCAGCAGAGCGAUCAUGGUGGAGUCCCAGAGAGAAAACGCCAUUAUCAGUUUGGCUAAGGAACAGGCAGAGCUGAAAGUGCAGUUUAGUGAGCUGCGGAACAGAGAGCAGCAGCUGGCACUAGACAGGGAGGCUCUAGAGAAAGAGAGACAGGAGCUGAGGCUUGAGAAAGAACGGGUAAAUGCCUCUGCUCUCCGUGUUCGACAACGGGCUGAGGAAGUAGAGAGUAUGAGCAAGCUGGCAUCUCAGCGUUAUGAAGAUGGGGAAAAGGCCUUAAGUGAGGCCAAAAAAAUUGAGUCUAGACAUCAGGAAAGGCUGAGAUCUAUUCAAGGCCAACUGGAAUAUUUGGGACAACGGGAGGAACAUCUUCACCAAGAGAAUAUAAAUCUGGCACGUCAGAGGACAAAAUUAGAACAGUUUAGACAGGGGCUGCCAAUUACACCUUUGCUGUUCCCUAACACAGAUCUGGAACCUCAACAUCCGCUGUCUACAUCACUUCCUCUGAAUGGUUUGCCCCUUGCUGUAUCUAGUACUACAGUUACCAGCUCAGGAACACAUCAAGAAAGAGCUACUCAAAAGUCAGACUUCCAUGCCAUGCUGGCUGUAUAUAAAAUCCAAGCACAACAGGACUGGGACUACAUAGAAAAUGAAAAACUUUAUUUGGAAGCUUUGAAGAAGUCUCCUUACUCCUUGACUGUAUGAAUGCAAUGAAAAUGUUUACCUUAGACCCCACAGGGUCCAACACAUGUUCCUAGUGGACUGCUCUCCAUUAAUUAAGAUUUUUUUAUGACUUUUAUAUUGUUAAUAAAUAUGAAUAUUGUUAUAA